CUUCUUGGUCAAUAUAAGUCACUAUUUUGCCAUCAAAACAAAUUGCUUCUCUCUCUCUGCAGUACCCAUCUAUGUGCCGUUCCUGAUAGUGGGCUCUGUGUUCGUGGCCUUCAUCCUGGUGGGAUCCGUGGUCGCCGUGUGCUGCUGCCGCUGCCUCCGGCCCAAACAGGAACUGUCGUCAGGAGGUACGACAGGAGGCGGGGCCGGCGGUGGGCGCCUCUUGGAAACCAUCCCCAUGAUGGCGAGCACCUCCAGAGGCUCGUCAUCGCGCCAGUCCAGCACGGCCACCUCAUCCAGCUCCUCUGCCCCACCCACCGCACCCCGCCCUGCUCCCCCUCCCCUCAUGCGGGCUCAGGCCUCUUGCUGUCUGCCGCCUGACGCCAGCGUCUUUGUCAACAUGCCCACCAAUUUCUCUGUACUCAACUGCCAGCAGGCCACCCAAAUCAUGCCUCACCAGGGACAGUUCCUGCACCCGCAGUACAUUGGCUACGCUCACCCUGUGUCCCAAGCUGCAGCCUUCCUGGACCCCACCCAUGGAGGAUACAGGCCCCUGCAGUCCCCGUGCCCUCCUCCCACCGGAGGGUCAAGUGUCGUCAGUGACCAGAAAUACCCUCCAGUAACAGUGUGAUGAGGGGCCAACAUGUAGUCCACUCUGCCACUUUGUUGCGAAGACUAACUUGUGAAGUUUAACAUGAGAGGGCUGCGCCAGAGACCUUUCGGGGACACUGCCAGAGUGGAAAAAGAAAGGCAGGGAGUCAAACUCACAUGAAGGACUCAUAAAGCCAUUGCUGGCAGCAGGGCCUGUCCCGCUAUUGUGUGUGGUGUGUGUCUGUUAUGUAUGUGUCAUGUGACCUGUUGCCAAGUUGAAAUGAGCUAAGCUCAGUCUCUGAUGGGGUACGGUGGAUGCAUAAACAAUUUUCUGUCUUGAUACAAAGAUCAAACUGUAUAUCGGAGAGUUACACUGCCCAGAUGGGUGAUAAUGCACAGCAAAGUGCAGCCUGCAGCUCAAAUCAAGACUGUGCACGUGUUUGUGUUUGCAUGUAUGUGUAUGGGAGAGUGGGAAAAAGGUUUGUUGGCUCGAAUCUGCUUGAAUGAAUGAUGACUGGAUGAUUUAUAACAGUGGGCUGUACGAAAAGUGGUUAUUCAGGCAAAACAAAACAAAAAAGAACACAUGCUGUGUUUAUGCCAUGUGCACAUGUGCACUUGUGAAUGGUUGUAAGUGGUUUAUACAAUACAGUAUGUUUGUGUUGAAAGUAUGAGGACAGAAUGUGAGAAGAUGUUUGUACUGUAUGUGUGUGAGUUUGUGGGAGUGUGUGAAGUGUGGAGGGAUGUGGUCGUAUGAGUAACUGUGAGUGAACUGUGUGUGUAAUGGGAAAUGCAGGUGGUGUGAUGUGAGAGGCAGUUGCAAUCUCCCUGCAGACCAUUUAAAAUCUAAUGAAGUGAACACAGGACGCAGACUGUGACGCUCAACUCUGCUACACAGCCUCCCUCCUGCCACCCAAAAAGAAUAAACACAAAAACUUCUGGCCCGACUGCACUGAGCGGAAACACACAGACACAUGAAAAAAAAAAAAGAAAAAGACAAAUUUCAUGCAAGGCCGCCAGUUAAUGUACGUGAGUGUGUGACAGAGAAGAAGUUAGAGGCUGCUCUCUGAAGAUUGAGGUUAAUUAUACAGUGAAAAACUGCCAAAUGUCCCCCCCCUCGCUUCUCCCCUGUGAGGAGUGUGUGAGCAUGUGUGUUUGUAUUUAACACCCCCACAGCUCAGUGCGUUAGCAGAGGGCACAGGCAGCUCCAGGGCAGCUUUGACUCAUUAUUUUCCACUUAAGAAAAGGCAAAGAAAUGGUGAUUAUCAGUUGUUAAGGAAAAAAAAAAAAAAAGUGAAACCUGCAUAUUUCUGUUUUGCAGCUGGUAACUCACAAGUAACAGUAAUAUGCAAUUUGAGAAAUGUGCUCCACCGAGUGAGCAGCCUGACAUGUCCCACUACGACAAUACUGAAACCAGUAUGUCUGUGUCUCUCGUCUGUACUCCGAGCACAAUGUCUGUAACAGUAGGCAGCUUGUGUGUGAAAAGAGUGUAAAGUGUAAAAUGGUGGAUGAAAUUUGUCCUCGUGUUUUUGUCCCCUCUGUGAUUUGAUGCAGGACUGACACAUUUCAUAUGAAUUUCAGAAAAAAUAAACAACUUUUAAAGCA